GUUCUAGCUUUCCCCGAGCCACACAGGCACAACCAUGACCCGCCAUUUUCACUCCAAGAUGCACAGGCCGGAAAGUUCGAAACACAAUUUUCUUACACAAACGUUAUGAACUCUCCUGCUUUAGAGCCAAGAGGUUAACUUCAAGAAACCAAUCCGUGGUCCUCUGAGGUGACCCAGCCAGGGCAAGCCAUCGUGGAAAAUGCCAUUUUGGCAUCGAGCUGAGUCCAAGACUCAUGGCAGCCCUCACAGAGUCUGUGCUGCAGGGCCAGGUGUGUUUCUGGGCCCAGCUGGAGGUUGCAUCUGCACCCAGAACUUCCUAGAAACAAGCCAAGGCAAUUGCUCAGUUGAGUUCCAACUAUUUGAUGUCUUUUGAAGUUUAUCACAGGUCACUGGGUUAAAGAUUUCCCUGGGUAGUGGGGGUGGCUUAAUGCAUGGGACUUAAAGGGAUGCAAGGUGUGGACCACAAGCUGUGUGAGUCUCAGCACAUUAUGAAAAAUAUCCUGAGCAUCCACUUCUCAACCUACAGCUUAAGGGUGACAGUGGUGCCUCCGCUGUGAGGCUGUCCUGAGUGUCACAGAGAAAAUGCAGGUGAAGUGCAGAGGGGCGGGCUGGCCGGCAUCUCGGUAGGACACAGGAUGUAACGUACGGACUGAAUGCUGCUGUCACACCGUAACUUAUGUGCAUUCAUUUGCUGGAUGAAUGCACAGAGGGAUGAAGAAUGGGCAAGUCUCCUAGAAGGGUCUGCAUGUCCUGUGGACUGUCUUCUGUAGAAUAUAGAAGGAAAAGAACUUUCUUUUCAUGACAAAAUCAUUUUCUCAAUGGUAACUGCUACCACUGUUCUCCCCAGUAAACAGUAACACCCUGGAAAGAGGUAUUCACCGUCACAUGAAAGUAAUUCUUAAUGUCCAGGAAAAUCCCAUUCUGAAGCUUUGUGAAAUGACAACCAGCCAUCGAAAGAAACUCAUCUUCAUCUAGAGCCAAAAAUAAGUCAACUACAAGAAUUCCCCGAUGUCUCUCCUAUCAGGGGGAUUAGGACGACUAAUUAUAUCUACUUUUUAAAAAAAUUCAGCAACAGCAAACCAAACUGAGAAAAAAUCCUAAGUAUUACCAUCAUUUUUACAAAUAAGAAAAUGAUUUUUAUAUACUUAGCAACUCCCUGUAAAACAGAAGAGCUAAGAAAUGUGUUAUUUUGCCACUGGCAAUUAAUUCUUCUGAUUUGUGUUAUUAGUUUAAUGUUGGGUCUAAGACUCAGAGUAUCUUUCCAAACCAACAGACUGAUGUAAGGAAACUGUUUCAGUGCAGUUCCUGGCAAAUCGUAAUGAUGAAUAGCAUGGUAGGACAAACUUAUUCAGACACACACAUUUUUCAGUCGUGGCAGGGAAAAGGCUGAAAAAUUACUAGUGAAUUGCUUUUUUAAAAAAUGCUCUCUCUUUCAAACUUUCCCCAGUAUGAAGGUCUUCUGCAGAAUGAUGGCACAAUAGAGUCUGGCAUACCUGGACAACAAAGGCAGUUAGAGAAUGAACAGGAGAUAAGAGUGAGGAUUAAGAUUUAAUUUUCUUAUUAUACGUCCACCGGGUCCCUCGUCUCUCCCACUCCAGAUCAUUUGUGUGCAUCUUUUUAACCUAUUGGAAUACGUGUGUCUGAAAAAUACCUAUCCUCUGCCCCAGGCAGGGACACUCAGCCCAGCCACCUUCCGGAACCUGGUUCUCCCAAAUGCAGCCAGGAUACCCCAUGCAGCUCCAGUCCCUUCUCUACAGAAAUGCCUGUUCUCAAGUUUCAACCACAGAGGUCUCCCGGUACCCUCAGCGCCUAGCACAGCACAAAAGCUAAAGGUGGCCUGUUCUUGGCCUGCUCUAGACUGACAUCCAGGUGUGAUUGCUCCAGAUUAAUUCUUUCAUCAGAAGAUACACAGCAGGGUCGGAGGGGUGAGCACUGGCCCCCUGCUGGCUCAGCACAGAGCUGGGUCGUUUCCAGAUCCGAGCUUUGGAGCGGGCGCGUUCCAGACCCCCUGCCAUCUGUUCUUGGUCAUUUUCCCCCUGCUCACUCCCAAGCCUUACCUUUCCAGACACACUGUAGCCGCCUGAGGAGGAAAGGCCUAGGGCAGCGGUUCCCAGCUUGGGGCGCUUUGCCCCGGAGCAGCUGGCAAUGUCUGGGGCCUCUCCAGCUGUCACCCAGGAGGCAGUGCCAUUUCUGCCUGGUGGAUGGCGCCCGGAUGCUGCUGAGCAUUCUGCACGCAUAGGAUAGCCCCGGACAGCAUCGCCUGGCCUAACACGCUGGGGAUGCCACGGCUGAGAGACCCUGGGCGAGUCUAAACCAAACCCUGCAGAGAUGGUUUUUCUUGUCCUCUAACAUGAUUACCAGUUCAUUGUUCAUUGCAUAAUUGAGGAAAUAUACUUGGAUUUUCUCUCAGCCUUUCAUUCGGUAACACGAGUGAAGACCUGCAAAAUGCCAGUACCAAGCUGACCUGAGCUAGAGAGGUCAACUCAAUGGAGACCCCAAAGCAGGGAGGGGCAGUUAUAGAACAUUCUGAUGGAACCUCCAGGCUUCCCCUCCCCUUGGCUGGACCGCUUCACCUGCCUGUGGGCCUGCAGUCCUAACUCAGUAAGAACAGAGACAUCAGGAGGUGUCCUGACCCCGUGUUUGUUGGACACCUCAGGUGACAAAGAACAGCACAGGCUCACAUCAGGCAGAACAGGAUCCUCACUCCUGCAGGGAUGUCUGAAUCACUGUGUGACGCUGGACAAGUGACAACCCCUGUGAACUCCAGUUUCCUCCUUGCAGUGGGGCUGGUGGCACUGAAGGUAUCAGGUACAGUCCCCGUGUCCCAGCAAUGGCACCCAGCAACCCACUCACUCUGACAGCAGCAGCCACGCAUCUUGCUGUUCCUAUGGCAUCGCCUUCUGAAGCAGUGCUCGGGGUUUCUGUGCUGGGUCCUCAGGCUCCCCCAGGGCAGCCCCAAGGCCUGCCACCAGCUGGACUGGGCACUACGGUCUGGGCCUGUUCUUGUUCCACCUCGCCAGCUCACGACCUUGCCUCGCUGGGCACCGGGUCCCUGCAUACCCCCUAUUCCAGCCAUCUCUUUUCUUCUCAAACACAAGGAGGUAAAAAACAAGCAUUAACUCACAAACAACAUACUUAACUGCAUUUUCUCACUUUAAGUCCAACCCUCAAGAAAGUUUUUCCAUGUGCAAUAAACAGCUGUGAAUCUGCCUAAUAAAGUGAAGGCAUUUCACCCCACUGGUAUUCCCCAAGAGGAAUCAUUGGCCACCUGCAUCUUUUUACUUGCAUUUAAUAAUUCAGCCCAAGAUGAAUUUGCAUGAUUAACAUAAAGCCUUGUGAUUUUAUUCUCUUUCAGGAUUCAAAUACUGAAACAACCACCAUUGUUUUCAUUUUCAGAGGUUGUGAUCAAAACACAAAACUUGAUUCUAGAAUGAAUAAUUUCUAUAAAGAAAAAAGUACUUUCAAAUGCCACUCUCCAUAGAAUCAAAGAAAAGAGUUGCUAACACUGCCUUUGUAUAUGCAGGGAAACCCAUGUUCUUUUCCUGGCUGGUGUUAACCCAUUAGAAGCAAACCACACCUCAAAGAUGAAUCCUUCGUGCUAUUGCCUCAGCACAGCAUGAGCACAUGGCCCUCUGUCCAUGGUAUCCAUGACAGCUCACGUGAGGGAGGUAGUUCAGGCCCUCCUCUUUGGACUCUCUACAUUAUCUGCUCAGGACCUAGAAUCUCCAGAAUCAUGGUCAGUAAGGAAACCAGCCAGUGCGUACUCUCAACCUCGGAGAGUGAAGUGGAGCCCGCCGCCUGCCUGGCUCUGGAGAUGAAAUACGCCCUGGAUCCCAACCGGCAGAUUAAAAAACGGAAUAAAGCCCUGCAGGUGCGCUUUAAGGACAUCUGCGAGGCACAGAACGAGCAGAGGGACACGCAACUCCCUGCAGGACACCCGGGCGAGAAGCGGGAGGCCAGGCCUGUGUCCUACAGAGCAGCCUACCGCAAAUACAUGACAGUGCCCGCGCGGAGGUCCAUCCCCAACGUCACCAAGAGCACAGGCGUGCAGACCUCGCCAGACCUCAGAAAGUGCUACCAGACGUUCCCUCUGGACCGCACAAAAGGGAACCUCAAAAGCAUCCCAGCCGCAGAUGUGUUCCAAAGUCAAAACAGUGGGUUUGUAAUAGACGUGAAAGAGAGGAGAGAGGAAGAGCCCAGGGAGGGGGCCCAGCUGUGGGCUGCAGGCCGGGUUCAGAAGACAGUGGCCUUGGUUUUCCACUCCGACGAACACGUGAAUGCACUGGAUGAGCCCACAGGGGUCAACUGUGAAGAGCCGUACAAAAUCCGUGAUGCUCACAGCUGCCAAGACGCCCCUCGGCCUCCCUCCCUAGAGCCUGACGACCAGCCACACGGGAAAGCAAAGCACGACAGGGCGACGCCGGACUCUGAGGAACCCGCCCCACCGGCCCAUGGGAGGGUGUUUAAAACGGAGGUGGCCACCAUUAACAUACCGGCCACUGGCGCCAAGACCCCUGAGCCUGCCUCAUCAAACUCGGCCACCACGAGCCAGGGGACUCUCUGCCCGGUGGCCGAGCAGGAGCGGAGGAGAGCUGAGCAUCUUAAUGGGCUCCAGGCACCCCCGGGCUCCGCUGUGGCCUGCUCGCUCCCGGUGCAGUGCCUGUCCCCUGAAUGUAGUGAACAGCCCCUGCAGACUCAGUCCCCGCUCGGGGAGGAGGCCCAGCCUUGUCCGAAGGCAGCAGCAGGUGAAGAAUGCCAACAAAUUGUGCCUCAUAUGGAAGUGGUCGACCUGAAAGCACAGCUUCAGAUGAUGGAGAACCUGAUCAGCUCCAGCCAAGAAACCAUCAAAGUGCUCUUGGGGGUCAUUCAGGAGCUGGAAAAAGGAGAGGCCCAUCGGGAAGGGCUUUCAUAUCGGACUGGGCAAGACACAGCUAACUGUGACACAUGCAGGAACAGUGCAUGCAUUAUCUAUAGUGUGGAGCUAGACUUUAAACAGCAAGAAGACAAACUCCAGCCAGUUCUGAGGAAGCUCCAUCCUUUCGAGGAAGCUCAGGUCGCACCUACGCCUUACUCUCAGGAGACUUACUCCUCAACUCCCAAGCAAAAAUCCAAAACUGAAUCGAAAAAGCAUGGAAGAUGGAAACUCUGGUUCCUUUGAAACUCGUGGUGUUUGGAGUCUAAAGGCCCUCUUUAAAUCCCCCUGGAGUUAAGCAAAUCCUUUUCCAAAAUGAAUAGGAUCUAUUAAACUGGCUGACUCAGGCACCACCCAGUUCCCACCCUGCUUACCAAAAAGGCCUUUGUACUAACAGGUAAUUAACAGAAGCAAGGGGUUCAAGGUCACACCUUGCCAGCUCUUCUUUGCAGUUCACGGAUGUGGGGUGUAAAAUCUGAAAGAAACUUACGUAGUCAAAGAUGACGAGUAAAAAUUCUAUGCCCCCACCCCAAUGGGCAAGUGUUAUGUUGUUAUCGACCUGUGAAAUGGCAGGCUGUCACUCUGUACACAGCUAAAACUCAUAAUUAUUUUCAAGCCUCUAUUAAUUUUUUUAAGUAAUGAGAAGAAAAAGCAAGCCUUAUGUUUGCAAAGGACUUCAUUUUUAUGUUCAAUUUUGCAGAUAAGCAGGGGGUGAGUGCAAUUUUCAGCACAUCAAAUUCCGGAGAAAGCACAAUUUUUUCAAGUGGUCAGAGACCAUGAAUAAUCUUUCAAAUGUGACUCUGUAUAUUUGCCUUCACGUGCUGUAGCGCUAAGCCAAGUGACCACAUCUCAGUGUCACACUGACACCUCAAAUUUAGCAUUCUCUUCAUCUCCAGACCUGCCACAUGGUCACUGCUCCUUUUCCAAAUGGCCAGCAGCCAGGAGUCCCCCAAAGUCAGGACACGCCUUUAAUCACCGCAAGUUGACAAGGUCAGAGCUAUACUGGACACUAAGCUUUCUUAGAUCUCAUUUUUAAUCUUUUGGUACCCGAAGGCGAAAUGAUAAAUUCUGGCAAGAAUCUGAACACACACACAGAGAUACACAAUGGAUAAUGCAGUCACCAAUAAAUCACAGGUGUUCUCUGCCACUGGAAAGUGUUUCUGUGAAUCAACCUUGGGAGACAUUGCUCAUCACCAAAAACGCAGCCAGACGUUUUUUUAUACAAGUCGUUAUGCUCUGUAACAACUGUAGAAGAACUGACCAUCUCAAAGAGAAAUGGCGUGUUUGGUAUAGCUGCUACCAACAAACUUAAUGUCACCUACAUUUAACCUAUUAGUAAGUUGACCUAACUGACAUACCUAGGGGAAAGCUGUGAAUCAAAUGUUUUUAGGUAUUUUUUAAAUAAAUGGUGACGCUUAGAGUUCUCUUUUGAUUACACAUUGCAAUAUAAAUCUCAGUUCCUUUAUUUUUUCACUCAUUCCUUUGCACCUUUGCAAAUAUCUUUUUAUAAAAAAUACAAAAGCCCCUAGUCGAUUAAUGACUUUGUCUAUCAACCUUUUGCUUUUCACAAUAGGAAGUAAGGAUCUUAUUUUGCCUUUUUUUGUACAACUUAAAUUUUGAAUAGUUUGUGAACACACAAGAAAAUCUAGUCUUCACGUUUCUGUCCAACAGUUUCCUAUCUCAUCUAGGGCCAACACGCACACCUCACUGAUUAGACACCACAAACCAAGUGGCCACCCUUGGUGAGAGAGUCUAUACCUGCAUUUUUUCAGAUUGGAGCUAUUUCUUGCCACGCAUUUUCCUCCUGAAUCAACAGCAAAUCUAUUUUAGUUCUAAGUGUUUUGAUUUUGCAAAGACCUAGUGAUCAGCAAUCAGACCAGGCCAAAAAAAAAAAUGGAAGAGUCUAUCACGUUUGUAAGCAUUCUUUGGGGAUUACUCAAACUUCACUGCAGAUGUUCACUUUAAUUAAAAGAAAAACACACAUCUUUCGUGGAAACACUCUAUGAGGGUGUAAGUCCUUGAAGAUCAGCAAACAACAGAGAAAUAUUUCUGUUGAAGAAGGAUGAGCAAGUCCGUCGUGCACCAUGAAGAAAGUGUGAUUGUUUCAUGUAGACAUAAAAUUUAAAAAAUGUUUCAUGUAUUUUAUACUGUUUUUAACUAACGUUACAAAAAUGUUUGCAACAAGUUCUCUCUCCUGUGUUUUAAGAAUCCCAGCUAUCUUAGUGAAAUGCAAUAAGGGUGUUCAUAGCAGCUUUCUAAUUCGAACUUGACGUCUGUCUAAACAAGAAGAUGUCCUACUAGAAAUAAUGUCACUCUCUGAAAGCAGUCUAGACCAAAAAACUAAAAUAAAACACAAUUUUCAGAGUCAAAAAGGAAAUUGGAGAUAAGCUAAUUCCUACUUAAAAAUAAAUCUUUAGAACAGAAAAAAAGAUUCUCAGACUCAUUUCACAGUUUAAUUGCAGUGUCAUUAACUGAUGAGUUCUCCUCAGAAAGCUCCAACUACAAACUCUGACACAAAGUACAGUGCC